AUGGAGACUUCGAGUGACGCCGUAGAAGCGGCCAUCGCGCGAGUAGCAGAAAUUUUGAGAUCUCCGGACGAUUUAGUAAAAACUAGCCUUUUACGUAAAAGAUUGGCGAUUGAAAAAGCAAACAACGAUGCUCAACUUAAAAAUGGAGUAAAAGCACAGUUAGAUACUACGCAAGAAGGAAUUGAUAUGCUGACUUCUUCCAAAGAAAAAAUGAAUACGAUUAAGGAUAACAUGCAAACCAUAGAUCGCUUAUGUUCUGAAGCACAAAAUAUGAUCCAGCACUUCCCAAGGAUCAAUAAGAUUUCCCAAAUUCACCGUAAUUUUAUCGCGACUCAAGAUACCGUUCAACGAUUGCAAGAAAUGCAUUUGACAAUUGAUCAAAUGCAAAAUAUGCUAGAGAUCGAAAAGUUAAACAUUCUUGGCCCGGCAAAAAAUUUAUUAUUUAUUCAUUAUCAACUUUUUCGUUUACAGGAAUUCAGAGAUAUUACAAUGUACCAAGCAAAUACCUCGUCACAAGAUGAUGACUUUCUUACACUGAAACAAUAUUUUAAAAGGUUGGAUGUUGUAUCAGAAGAUUUUUUAGAUUAUCUUUGGACCUUGUCAAAGAAUAUUAUGAAUUUAGCUAGGAAUGAGCAAGGGUCUGUAAUUGUUCGAAUCGUUAAGGUGAUCGAAGCAGAAGAACGAGCUGAUGAAAAGGCUAAGACAGCAGAGCAUGCUAGACAUAGUCAUCAGGAUCUUGCAACAAAAUUCAAGUCUGUUCAAACAAGUCCUCGUGUAAUUAGAUCAUUUCGUAGUCGAUUUCAGGAUAAACUUCAUGAUUCCAUUUCAGAAUUAUUUGAAGAAUUUUAUGAUAAAUACAAGGAUACACCAACAGAAUUGUUGGAUCAAUUAGAUUUCAUAUUUGAUGAUUUGGCGUUGGUAUUUCAAGAGAUUGUUCCACGUUUUCCCAAAAAGUAUAAUAUCUUUUCGGUAUAUGUGUUAGCAUAUCAUCGUCAUGUCUAUAACAUACUUGAUAGGAUUGUCAAUAAUGAUCCAGACGCAGGGACGAUACUAAGACUGAUUCGGUGGGUUAGAUCUUAUUAUAAGAGAAUGAAUAAAGAAAUUCGGAUUUCUGAAGAUAUACUUGAACCUCCUUUGCUUGAUGGACGAGAGCAAGAUUUGAUUAAUGAUUAUCUUAAGUUGGUUCGCGAAUUAGUUGAUACGUGGAUGUCAAAUUUGAUGAAUGGUGAAACUAAUGACUUCGUGGAAAGAAGUAAAGCCCCAGAAGAGGAUGGUGAUCUAUAUUAUCUUUCUGGGUCGGUAUACAUGUUUCAAAUUGUAAAUCAACAAAUUGAUGUUGCAGUAGAAUCAGGUCAAGGAAAGAUUUUGGCCGAUGUUGUUAAAGAAUGUUGCGAAGUUAUGUUGGAAACGCAACAAACUUGGAUGAAUUUGUUAAAAUCAGAAUUGAAGAAACAAAUUGAUAAACCUGAUGAAGUACCACCAGGAUUUGUUGAUUAUGUUAUUGCACUGGCAAAUGAUCAAAUUCGAUGUGCGGAUUUUACGGAUGAAGUUUUGAAUCGAUUAGCACCCUUAUUAUCCGAAAAGUAUAGAAAUCAAAUCAACAAUGACCUUGAAGAAACCAUGAAAGGAUUUCUAUCAGUUGCAAGAGCAGCCAAAGACACAUUGUUAGAUGUUGUAUUUAAUGAUCUUAAGAAACCAUUCAGUCAAUUUUUUACAUCAGAAUGGUAUCAAGAAGAUUCAAUGUUGUUAAUAAUUGAAACCAUUAAAGAUUACACUUUUGAUUUUUGUACCCAUUUAAAUGAAUAUUUGAAAGAUAAAAUUAUGACCAAUACGUUAGAUCGCUUCAUUAUAGCAUACAUUGAAUCAAUGCGUAAUAAAGGUGCUAAAUUUAGAAAACCAGAUUGUAUAAACCGUAUGGCAAAAGAUAAAGGGAUCGCGUAUGCAUUUUUUCAACAACAUAUUCCACCACAGGAAUUAAACAGUAGGUUCGAUUCAUUGACAAGAAUUCAUACUUUAGUAGAAAGUCCACGUAAAUCAAUAUAUUUGGAUUAUUAUAAUCUUAAAAAAGCAUACGGUGAUGUACCAAUUGGACUUAUUGAAGAUAUUUUAUCUAAAAGGGAUGAUUUGGAUAGGUCUCAAAUUAAAGAGAUAAUGGUUAAAGCCAAAGCCAAAGCAAAAGAUACAGGAGAAUAUACUGGAACUCCUACGAUUUUCAGUAAGCUUAGUCUUUAG